AAGGUAGAUAGUGUUGAGGAUGACAGGGUUGUCGGUUGGGCAUGGCGUGUGGAUAUUGCGCUGGGUUUUACUUACUUACUUGUCGUUGUUGCGGCUCCGAUCGUGGCUGAUCUAUCCGGCCUCGAUGAUGUCAAGGACGGUACCUUUCUAUGCGUGGGGAUUGGCGGCAGCGGAUCUGCAGGGCUCUACCCUGUUUCUUCUCCGGCGCCAGAGACCGAAUACCGAAGUUCCAAGAACCACUUCUAUGUCCUGAUGGACUGA